AUGAAUCGCUCAGCCAGAAUCAUCAUUCUCCUGGUCAUAGAUGUUCUCUUCUUUCUCCUCGAGCUCAUCGUCGGUAAUGCUGUGGGCUCCCUGGCGCUCAUCGCAGAUAGUUUCCAUAUGUUGAAUGAUAUCCUGAGCCUCAUCAUUGCUCUAUAUGCGAUCAAGCUCACGAACCAAACACAAACCGACUCUCGUUACUCCUAUGGGUGGCAUCGCGCCGAAAUACUGGCUGCUCUUGUCAAUGGUGUCUUCCUUCUUGCUCUCUGUUUCUCCAUCUCCAUAGAGGCUAUCGGCCGAUUCUUCUCUGCCCCGGAAAUAUCGAACCCCAAACUGAUCACUAUUGUGGGCUCGCUGGGGUUGUUGUCAAACGUCGUCGGGUUGUUCCUGUUCCAUGAACAUGGUCAUGAUCACGGCCACUCCCAUGGCAAGACCACGCCGACAUCGUCGAAACCCUCAAGCAUCAGGUCUCACAGCGGUGAACACGUUCCCAAGGCGUCCACCACGCCGCCGCGCAACAUCUCCCCGAGUCGCGCCCGUGCUCGAACAAACUCCUACUCGUCGCUAUACGGCCACCCCGCAGCGACCCGUGCCUCACUGGUGCAGACAGCGCAAGAGAUUGCGCUUGCUCGGUCGCCCUCCCCGCCUCCAAGGGGACUGCGGAGCAAGUCACGUCAUCAUCGUUCGCGCUCACGCUCUGCCAUCGGCGACGCUGACCCCGACGGGACUCUCGUUGGUUCCUCAGCCGGCGAUGCCCAGCCAGCAACAGAGUCUACGCCUUUGCUCUCCGAGACCGCUUCUGUGGACUCGCACUCGCAUUCACACGAUGCGGACGGAAACCACGACCAUGGCAAUGGCGGCCGCGACCAUGGGCAUUCACACGGGUCGAUGAACAUGCACGCACUAUUGCUACACGUGCUGGGAGACGCACUGGGCAACGUGGGCGUCAUCGCGACUGGGCUGGUCAUUCUCUACUCGUCGUGGAGUUGGAAGUACUACUUCGACCCCCUCAUCUCACUGGUGAUUACGGUCAUCAUCUUCUCUUCCGCCUUACCGCUGGUUCGCAGCACGUCGUUCAUUUUGCUGCAGGGCGUUCCCUCGACCGUGUCCAUCGAAGACGUGAAGGGCGCUAUUCUCGCGGUCGACGGCGUGCUGUCUCUGCACGAAUUGCAUGUCUGGCAGCUCUCGGAGUCGAAGAUCGUCGCUAGCGUGCACGUCAUGGCGAGCCGGAAUCACGACUUCAUGCCCGUCGCAGCCGCGAUAAGGAAGGCGCUUCACUACCAGGGCAUCCACUCGAGCACCAUUCAGCCGGAAUACCAUCCGCGAACGGCGCCGCCAGAAGAAAACUUGAAGACCUCAGCGGAGACGUCAUGCUUGAUCAUGUGUCCUCCGGACCAGGAGUGCAAUCCUGCAGAAAAUGCUUGCUGCCCACCGCCGGCGAUGGACGUCUGA